GCGGCGCUGCCUGUUUGCGUUACCUCCUCCAAACCGCAAGGGGCAGUCAAGAGCAGAGUGACCAGAGCUACAGUCUAUGAAGUAGACCGUUUGAAUCUGCAGGAGGAGAAUCCCAUUGAGAAAUCCGCUGGCCCAUCUGAUCAGAGAAGUUAAUGUGUAACUGCAUGGUUUAAUAAACUCAAGCUCGCGGCGUGCGCUCACAUUUUAAUCGGCCAGAGUUGCGGACACGGGACACUCUGACGCGGAGCCAUGACUCGACGACUGUUCGAGGGUAAAGAUCACGCAGCUGCAUACAUGCAGUACAGAGUGGCACCCCAAGAAAUGAUCAGCAUCAUCAUGAGCUACAUGGAGAAAAGGGCAUCCAAAAAGUUUAACCUCGCAGUGGAUGUGGGCUGCGGGUCGGGGCAGGGGACGGUCCUCCUGGCUCCACACUUCACCAGGGUGGUGGGAAUGGACAUCAGCGCCGCCCAGAUAGAGAUGGCCCAAACCAAUAGCAGACCUCCUAAUGUUUCCUACAGACAGUGUCCGGCAGAGGAGCUCCCUUUCGCACCCGGGGAGGUGGACCUCCUCACGGCGAUGACGGCGGCCCACUGGUUCGAUCGCCCGCGGUUCCUCCUGGAGGCGGACCGGGUGCUGAGGCCUGGAGGGUGCCUGGCGCUGCUGAACUACACCUUAGACAUGGAGCUGGAGUACGGGGACGUCUCCGAUGCUCUGAACGACAUCUGCAAAGAGCUGUACGCUGCCCUGUUGCCCUUCCGAGCUCCUUACCUGGGAUUGAGCUCUGCAAAGAUCUACGCAGACAUGUUCAACUCCUGCUCCUACCCGGACAAAGAAUGGAAUGAGUGUCUGCGGGUGAAAAGGACCCUGCCAGUGGGUGCAUACGUAGGCAUGGUUGAGACCUUCUCCCCCUACCAGGUACUAAAGAAAAAGGACCCCGCUGAGGCCGAACGCCUCUCAAAGGACGUCAUAACCAAGUUGCUGUCUGCCAUGAAGGUCUCUUCUCCUGACACGGAAGUUACGGUGGUUGUGAAGUACUUUUACUGGCUGGCAUGCAAACCUUGAUCAUCCAGAUAAGCAUGCUGAGUUCUUUAAAUUUUUAGCUCCUUGCACCUGUCUUGAUUCUUACCCUAUUUUCACUGGAAAUGACCAGUUGAGCCACAAAGAGUUUUAACACCCGAAAUAUAAUUCAUGUUCCAUUCAGUAUAAGGGCUAAUCCUGCCACCAUUUUUCAGGACAAUCCCUAAAAAUCACUAUUACUUAUCUUAUUUAGGCUUUAAAUCAAACGUAUGCUUUAUUAUAACUGUUGUAAAUGUGAAAUAUUUAAGCACUAAGAGUGCUGUUGCCUUGAAGUUGCCUUCUGCCAAUGCAGAGCCUCAGAGUGAACACUAGAUGGAGCCCUGUCAUACAAUGAAGGCUCAGAGUCCAGCUCUAGUCCAUUUUAAAUCCGUCUUAAAUUCUGUUUGUGCUAUUUCUGAGAAAUGACAGUGUAGUAACUGCGGAAAAAAAAUCCAUUGCACUUUAGCGUUGAAAGAUGUAUUAUUUUUUUUUUUUUGCAAUUUUAUCAAGGACGCUGGAAGAUGCUUCAAAUCUGAAAUAAUCACCACGUUGUCCAGGAGUACUUCUGCAAAAAUAAAAUACCCUCAGCACUUUGUUCAAAAUGC